AUGCUGCCGCGCAUCGAUACUUUCAAGCAGGUAUUUUUCACCCAAAGGAUCAUUGCCUUUAAUGAGAGCUUUGUCAGAGUUGGGAAAAACCAAAAAUCUGCGUGUCCAGCAGCUGUAAUAUGGCAUGAGGCAUUAGCUGGGCGCAAAAAAGAAGAAAUUUGUAGCGUGUUCCACAAAUAUUUGCUCAGUCAACGUGAUGUUUUGACUAUAAAAAUCUGGCUUGAUAAUUGUGCAGCCCAAAAUAAAAAUUGGACGUUAUUUUCUUUUAUUGCACAUAUUAUCAACUCUUCAGAAAUUGCUGCAAACAAUAUAGAAAUUUACUAUUUCGAGCCAGGUCAUACGUUCAUGUCGGCUGACAGUUUCAACCACCAGGUGGAACAAUCUUUAAAUUCAUAUGACUCAGCUUCAAAAACUGGAGGUGGUGGAAAAGUUUAUGACUUUAGUGAUUUCCAAGGUGCCAUCCAGCAAGUCAAGAUGAAGAAUGUAAAUGUUUUGACAAUGAACCUAACGGAUUUUAAAGAAUGGAAAGAUAACAGUUCAUUGCAGAAAAUUAAAAAAUAUUCACCAAAACCUUACCUAAGUGAUAUCGUCAAAUUAAAAUUCGAAAGGGGUAGUUUUAGUAUGUGGUACUCAUACGAAUAUGAUUCUCCAUAUAAAGAGCAAAAUUUUGUAACUGCAAAAUAUCUAAAAAACAUAGAUGAACCUAAAUCAAGAUUAAUUUGCAGGGGUAUAAAAAAAUUAUGUCCUUUAAUGCCCGAAAAUCAAAGACGUUUUUGGGAGGAACUACCGAAUGUAUUUUUUCGGUACAAUAAAAUAGUUUUAAAGUUAGAUCGAUUGUUUCUUUUCCUAAAUUAUUUAUAUAGCAAAUUUUAA